AUGGAUUCAAGAAAAGAUAUUCAUGCAUUAUAUUAAUUAAGAUUUUAAGGGUUAACGCCACACAAACACUGAAGGGCUAGUGCCAAAAUGGUGAUAUUAUGAAUAUUUCCGAUCCAAAAGGUCAGACCAUCCCAAAUAAAUACCUGCUGCCUGCGCUUCUUACUGGCGCGCGAUGCUGUCGCACUUGCCUAGCUCAGCUCCUGCGCGUGCUCCGCCUAAGGGUCACACUCCUUGGAUAUGCUGAGAGGUAAAAUUCUGAGCUUCUUAGUUGUGCUGUGGAGCAGUUCCUCUAGUUAUCCCUAAAGUUAAACCUCUACUGCUGUGCAGAAGUUCCCAAGAGAAAAUAUAAAUAAAAUUCCAAGAGGGAGAGAACUAAUUUUUCUCGAGCCGAAUGCCAUUUUAUUUAUCCAAGAAAAAAUAUUCAAUUUAAAUUUCAAAACCUAAAAAUUCAGCUUGUAAAAGAAUGAAUCAAGCAGGCCUAUUUCCGAAAAGACAAUAACAUAAAUCUAUCGUACAUCUUAGAGAACCUUACUUCAGUUCAUAACACUUUAUUAGACCACAGUUAUGUGCAAGAUGAAUACUUAAGUGAAGCCAUCUUGCUAACUGAAGGUAUUGGAGAAGUGACUCCUCGCUUUUUAGAGUCAGGAAUCCACUUACUUUCCUCCUUUAGAUAGCAAAACUAUUGGAAAAAUCCUUUUUUUUUUUUUCGUAAAAAACCCAUCUUCCGUGAGUAUAUUUUUUGAUGAAAAAAUAUUUUGAUAUAUAAUUGAUAAUUAUUAUAAUAAAAUCUCUAGGUAAUUCUGUUAGAAAUUUUAACGGCUUGCAUUUUAAAACAUAAAUUUUGCAAAUUAAAUAAUUUUUACUUCUCAAUUUUUUACUAAUUGGAAUUUUUUUAAAUUUUUGAAAAACAAUUAACCUGACAAAUUUUUUGUGUUGCAAAUGGAGGGGAAGUUAGAUGACGAAGAAGAUCUGGAUCUUGAAGAGCCACUUAGAUCUUGUAUACAAACCUUGAAAACCAUACAGCAUUUAUACCAUUAUUAGUCAAUAAGCCUUUAUUAGCAAGGAUCAUCUUUACAUUUUUAAUUAAAAAAUAAUGACACAUAAGACAUAUAAUUUUCUAAUAAGGCUUAUUAUCGAAAUCUUAUGAUAGUGAAGAAUCAAUAGUCACUUAUUAUAAAACCUAUGCUGAAAAAAUGAGGUCACAAGAAAUUGUUUACAGACGAUCAGAAGUAGAAAAUGAGAUGCUAACUCCCCCCCCCCUCCGUGAGCGAACAAAACCAUUAGAAAAAUCGCCAUUUUUUGACAAAAAACCCACCCUCCGUGAGUGAACAAAAAUUUUUUUAAUAGAAAAAAUUUUAAUGGAAAAAAAAUUUUGAUAUAUAAGUGAUAAUUAGUAUAAUGAAAUCUAGAGCUAAUUCUGUUUAAUUUUAAACAAAUUGCGUUUUAAAACAUAAAUUUUGCAAAUUAAAUUAAUAUUUGCUUCCCAAUUUUUGCAAAUUAGGAUUUUUUUAAAUUUCGAAAAAAAUAUUUUUUAUAAAAUUUAUAUAUAAAUUUUUUUUAAAAAAAAAAAUUAACCCCCCUCCGUGAGCGAACAAAAUUUUUUUGUUCGCUCACGGAGGGGGGGGGGGGAGUAAGAGAAGAGCGAGAAGAGCUGCAAAAAGAACUGGAAGAAAAAAAUGAUAAAUCCUUAGACCCUAUCCUUGAUCGAACGAUUCCAUUGAAAAUUCAUAAAAAUGGGAAAUUUACCCCAUCCUUGAUUGAACGAUUUUCAUAUUAUAUACAGUAAAUCGAUUAAUUAGUUAAUAUUUAUUAUAAUUUAUAAAAAUUAAUAGUUUGCUUUGGCAAAUUAAGAGUAAUUUAAGUUUUUCUUAAUAAUCUGAGCGGAAUAAUUAUCCAAGUACUUUAACCAUCAGCCUAGCCUAAAAAAGCUUGAUAAUCUAAAAUGUUUAGAACUAUUGCAAAUUAAAAAUAAUUAAUAAAGAAUAGAAAUAUUUUACAGAGUGGAAAUGGAUAACUAAAUUUUUAAAUUAACACAAUUUUUCAUUUUAAUAGUUUUAAUAUUCACUAUCUUAACCUUCUUAUUAAAAAAUACACCAAACAAAAAUAAUAUCCAUUAUUUUAAUGAUAAUUUUUUCCAAAAUUCUUUUAAAUCCCAUCAUCAUGAUCGAACAAGGGGGUCGUUCGAUCAAGGAUGGGGGAGUUAGAAUUCAAAUUAAGAAACUUACCAAAGAGCUUGAACAAAGCGAAAAAGAAAACAAAAUAUUAAAAAAUCAGCAGCUUAAGCUACAAGAAGACUCACAAAAAAUAAAAGCUAUGCAUGAGGAGCUUAAAAAGAGUAAUGAAGAGCUAAUAUCAGAAUACAGACAAGCCCGAUCGCAGCAAGAGCAGUUAUUAAAAAGCCCUAACAGAAAUGACGAGCUGAAAACAAGAAUAAUAAGUUUAGAAAAUCAAAAUGAGCAGCUUCAUAUCGAGCUUACAGAAAUCGAAGCUUUAAGCAGAAAACUCCAAGAAGAAAACGCUGAACUAGCACAAAAACUAGAACAAGAGCAGCGAAACGCCCAUGGGCUCUCUAACUCUAUGCUCGACCUUGAAGACGACGCAAAAGAAAAAGACACUGCUUUAGAAAAAGCACAAAUUCUGGUGAAAAAAUUGAACGAUGAAUGUGAAAAACUCGUAAAAGAGCUUUCAAAGGCUAGCAGCGAAAUAGAAAACUUAAAAAAAGAUAACCGCAGCCUAGAACGGUCAAGCACUGAUGUUAAGAAAAAAAUGCAAGAUAUUGAUAUUAUGAGAAGAACUGAAGAAAGGCUAAGAGAAGAAAACACUGCAUUGAAAAAUAAACUAAUUGACCUAAAUGAUUCAAAAAAUGAAGAAAUAAAUAAGCUAAAUGCUAUAAUCGAAGAAAUUUCAAGAGAAAAAACAAAUAUAGAAGGAGCUAUGGAGGAAUUAGAAGAAAAAUUGACAGAAAUUGAAAAACUAAGCCAAGAAAGAACUGAUUUAUUCUAUCAAUCUUGUAAUAAAGUCCAAGAACUGGAAGAAGUCAUCAAACAGAAGUCUGAAGAAAAUAAAAAAAUUGUGGAAGAUUUCCAAAAUUCACAGGGAAAUAGAGAAAAAGAGGUAAUACAUUGGAAAAGACAAGCAGAAAAUGUUAUUAGGCAGCUGCAUAGCUUACAAGAAGGAGAAGCCCCACAUCAUCAAAGGACAAAAUCACAAAAUAAUAGAUUCCCAUUAGCAAAUGCUCAAAAUAACAGGCCACCAAAGAAAAAAGCACCUGUAAAACUGCUAAAAGGAAAUUCUCCGAAUAAAGAAAACAUAAGAAUUGACGAAGAUGAUGAUUUUAAAGAAAAUUUCCAAAGCGCGUCAACUUUAGAAGGAAUUUCUCAACAAUUAGAAGAAGCUUUAUUAAGGGAAGCUAAGCUAAAAAAGACCAUAAAAGAAAUAGCAGAAAGAGAAGGGAAAAAAUUAGCGGAAUCAUUGGAAAUAUUAAAAGAACAAACAGCUGCUUAUAGAUCAGAAGCUGAAAGAUGGAUUAUGAGGAAUGAAGAAUUAGAACAACAAUUAUUAGAAAUGAUCAGCAAAAACGCAAAUUUAUUAGCAGUAAUAAGAGACUUAAAGAAAAUGAUGCAGGUAAAAAACCAACAAACUGAAGAUCAGAACCAAGCUUAUAAUAGUUUGAAAAAUGAGAUGCAGGGGACUAUUGACUUUUUAAUUUCUGAGCUAAAUCAAAGGGAUUCUUGCAUUAAGAGUGAUUUAAUACCAUAUAGUGAAAAAGUGAUCUCACAUGAAUUAAGCCAUGCCCAUGAAAAAAUAAAUGAGCUGAAAGAUGAGCUGAGAGAAGAAAAAAGCCAAAAUAGUAUUAUUAUUUAUGAACUUGAAAGAGAGAAGAAAUGCAAUUUCGAUAAUAUGAAUGAAAUUGAGAGUUUAAGAAGAGACUUAGUCAGAAAUAAAAAUGAUUUAUGGCAUAUCCAAAAGCUCUUACUCCCCUUCCUCCGUGAUAGAACUGGUUUAAUUUUUUUAAAAUAAAUAUUAAUAAUCUUUUUUCAAAAUUUAAAAAAAUCGAAUUCGUAAUUAAUUUAAUUUGCUAUAUUUAUGUUUUAAAAUGCAAGUUGUUUAAAUUCCAAAAGAAUUAGCUCGAGAUUUCAUUUUACUAAUUAUCAAUUAUAUAUCAAAUAUUUUUUUAAUAAAAUAAUUUUUUAUAUUAUAAAAAAUUUUUUGCUCACUCGAUUUUUACCCAAAAAAUAAGGAUUUUUCUAUGUCUAUUGCUCACACACGGAGAGGGGAGUUAGGAACUAUAGACAAUCCAAAUGAAGAACCUUACGAUAAAGAUCUCCCUCAAUUUUUGAAAUCUUUUUCAAGUAAAAACAUCGAAUUAACUAUAGCAGAACAAAGAGAUCUAGAAAGCAUUACAGAAACUGCUCGAAAAUCACUAGAGCGAAUUAAAGACCUCCAUUAUUGUGAAAUUAAAUUACUUGAAAUCCGAGAAGAAUUAAACACAUUUAAAGAGCAAUCGGAUUAUGAAAAACAAAAACUUCUUGAAAAUAUUGAUAGUCUUGAAAAAAAGCUAAUUCCCCCCCGCACGAACAAAACAAUUUUGAUAAUUAUUAUAACGAAAUCUCUAGCUAAUUUGUUUAAUUUUAAGCUAAUUAUAUUUAAAACAUAAAUUUUACAAAUUAAAUAAAUGUUUGCUAUCCAAUUUUGCUAAUUGGGAUUUUUUAAAUAAAAAUAUUUUAUAUAAAAAAUUUUUAAAAAAUAGCUAACCCCUUCCGUGAGAAAAAGAAUCCUUAUGGGAAGAUGAAAAAAUCGAAUUAAACGAUACAGCGCAAAAUUUGAAAAAUAUUAUCGCAAAAGAACAGAAUGAAAAGUUUAGAAUUAAAGGGCAUUUAGAAGAGCAGCUUGUUCAGUAUAAAAGAGAAAUCGCAGAAAUCAAUACUUACUCAAGAGCUGGGGUGCAAGAAAAAAUACUAUUAGAAGACGAAUAUGUGAGGGUUAGAAAAGAGCUCGACAAUUGCAAUGAAAUUAUACAAAAGCAAGAAAACAACAUAAAAUAUCUUGAAGAACUUCAAAUAAAAAAUGCAAAAGAAAUAGAAGCUCUCAAACAAAAAAAUAUCAGUAUCUAUGACGAGCUUAAAUCCACAAAAUCUAAAAAUUUUGACUAUAGAGUUGUGAAUUUGCAAGAAAUUAUAGAAACACAAGAAACCACAAUUUCUCAGCUUCAAUCACAAAUUAAAAAUUUAAAUAUUGACAAAUUGCAGCUAGAAAAAACAUUAACAGCUUUUCGCAAUCAAACUCCUGAAAAAGAAACAGAUAAAUCAAUAAACGAGCUAAAAGAACAGUUAAGCUAUUUAUCUAGAGAAAACAUUGACCUGAAAAGCGAAAUAAAUCGAAUUACUUAUAAGCCUGAUACUACGAAAACUAUGAUAAAUAGAAGGGAAGCUGAUUCUAGAUUUGAAGAUUCAAUAGGAAGCAGAGAUGCUUAUUCAGACCAUUUAGAAAAAGCUUUAUGUGAAAAAAACGAAAUUAUUGCAAAUUUAGAAAAUCAAAUUACGGUUCUUAAUAAAAGCUCAAAAGAUGCAGGGCUGGCUUUAGAACUUGAAAAAUCGGCUCCAUAUCAAAUGGUAUUAUUUUUUGACGGUUACAUUUCAUCGAAAUGCAUUGUUCAAAAAUUUUUUAAAUAAUGUGACAUUUGACCAAAAUUUAACUUCUUUUUCGGUCAAUUGUCUCACUAUUAAAAAGUUUCAACCAAUUUUCGACCAAAAGUACUCUGGUGAAAUGCGCACUAUCAAAAAUCACGAUGGACUUCACCUGAAAAAAUCAAGCAGAAAAAAGAUGCAAAUCAAAAAAAUUUCGAUAAAAGAUUGAAAGAAUUUGAGCUGAUUUUGAGAUAUUUAGAAGAAAAAAUAAUGCAAAUCAUUAUUAAUGCUCCACAAACUGCAAGCUUAGAGAAAAUGGGUCAUUAUUUAAAUGAAAUUACACAGAAAAAUAUCACACUUGAUUUAUGGCUAAAAGGUGUUGUGUAUAAGCUUGAAUCCUAUGCACAAAAUUCUUUGUUACAAAAAAUGAGAGAAAUAAACACAUAUACAGAUAUCUGCAAAAUUUGUUUAGAAAUAUCUUUAUCAGCAGAUGCUACAGAGCUUAGAGAAAUCUUAUCAGAGCUUAAUUCAAAAUCUCCAGAUUUAGAAAAAAAUUCUCAAAAACUUGUUUUGGUUCUUAGAAAUCUGCCUUCUUCGAAAAAGUCAUUUGCUCGGCAGCCUGAUGCUUCCAAUGAUUUGAUGAUUUCAAGAAGCCAAGUCGAUUCUUUAGCUAAAUCAUCAUUAAGACUGCAAGAAUUAGAAUCAUCACUUGCCAAAAAAGCUGAAAAUCUUAAUCAAAUUUCAGAUAAAACUGUUGAUUUGCUUCAAAACUUAGAUUCAUCUCAUUAUCGAGGUCCAAAGCUGGAAAGAGCACUAAAUAUUCUUCAAAAAUGCUGCAAGUCAUAUUCAAAUGAAAUUAAUUCGGAUUCUCAAGAUUUACGAGUUAUUUGUAAACUAUUAUCUGAUUUUAUGGCAAAUUCUCCUGAAAAUGAAUUAUCAUUAACCCUUGGGAGCUACACCAAGCAGCCAAAUGUUCCAAGAAUAUCAUGGAAUGAGUCUCCUAUCUUUGCAAGACAAUUGGACGAGCUUAAAGAAUAA